UUGGCAUCUCCUCCAUCCAAUCGCAGCGCGGCGCGCUGGGAUCUGGAGCCUCGGAGAUGUCGCUCCGCGCCUUGCUCAGGACCGCCGCCUCGCUGCCCUGCUGCAGGCCGUGCCCGCUGCCGCCCCCUCCUCACUCCGCCGCCAUGGCCACCCUGAACCAGAUGCACCGGCAGGGCCGCCCCGCGCCCCCUCCCCGCAAACUGGGGCCCACCCUGGGCCGGCCCCAGAUCAAGGGGGUGGUGCUGAAGAACCUGAUCCGAAAGCCCAAGAAGCCGAACUCGGCGAACCGGCGAUGCGUGCGGGUGCGGCUCAGCACCGGCCGCGAGGUGAUCGCCUUCGUGCCCGGCGAGGGCCACAACCUGCAGGAGCACCACAUCGUGCUGGUGCAGGGCGGGCGCACCCAGGACCUGCCCGGCGUCAAACUCACCGUGGUGCGAGGAAAGUACGACUGCGCCCACGUGCAGGCCAAGAAAUGACGGGGGGACCUUGGCGUGGGGGUCCUGGGAAGGCGGCUGGCCCAGGAUGAGGGUCCCCAGGCGGGGAUGUGCUGCCCCUGGGUGCUGUUUGGAAUAAAAGCUGGUGGUGA